GUCGGAAAUACAGCCGAGGUCGGAGUAGAGGAACAUCUUCGUCAUUCUCAUUCUAAACUUCGCAUCCUCAGCAUCAGUAUUUGAAUCAUGGAACUCCUCACGGCAAUCUCGACGCUAAUUCUCUUGGGCACUUUCGCCUCAACAGGUAUGAGUCAACGUCAGUGUUCGCAGCCGAAUCUUUUCUAUGCCCAUGAGCGCAACUGCGACAUGUUCUACAAGUGCGAAAACGGGACAAUGCGGGAAGGCUUCUGUCCAGACGGUCUGGUGUUCGAUGACAAGCAACCGCCAGACGUUCUACGAUGCGAUCUCCCCUUCGACAUUGACUGUAGCUACAGGGCAGCAUUGCAGCCUCCAAUUUCGUCAGAGCACUGUCCUCGUCUUUUUGGUAUGUAUGCUCAUGAGACAGAUUGUGGGCGAUUCUGGCAGUGUGCCGAGGGCCAUCCGUUCGCCUUCUACUGCCCUGAGGGUUUAGCUUAUAACGAAUAUAGCGCUCACUGUGACUGGCCGGACUUGGUGGAAAACUGUGAUUCUGAAACUAUGCUACGCUUUAAGUGUCCACAGCCAACUGAUCAAGAGAUACAAGAAUUUGGCGAUCCUCGUUAUCCUUUUCCAGGAGACUGCCGUAAGCAUUAUGUUUGCAUACUGACUCCUGAUGGAUCCAGACAACCAAGGCUACUUGCUUGUGAUCCUGGUCUAGUAUUUAAUCCACAAACAUCAUCGUGUGAUGAUCCAGAGAAUGUACCUGGUUGUCAAGGUUACUACAAUAAUUUGGAUGCUCGAAGAUUGAGAGAAUUGUUUGGCCGUUGAGUCUUCUUCGAAAAGUUAGAUCAACAGAAUUAAUUCAGGAAACUGGAAGAAAUCCCAUAUUUUAACGCCUGAAAAUAAUUCUUUAUUACUAUGUAAAUUUAGCAACCAAAAUUCUGGCUCUUUUUGUAUGAAGUAAUUACAAAAAGUAUUCAAAAAUAUGUCUUUGUAUAUACUUUAAUAUAUUUUCUUAUUAAUUAAAAUCAUAUUUACUUUGAAAUGUUAAAUAAUUUUGUAUAUUAUGAUUAUAGUUUGGUAUUUAAUAAAAUUAAUGGCCAGUAUCUCUCGAUAUUUCUGUUAGAUUCUUUUACUAUUUUUUAAGAGUUCUUUCUGUUAUACUUUAAUAUAUUUUCUUAUUAAUUAAAAUCAUAUUAUCUUUGAAAUGUUAAAUAAUUUUGUACAUUAUGAUUGCAGUUUGGUAUUUAAUAAAAUUAAUGACCAGUAUCUCUCAAUAUUUCUGUUAGAUUCUUUUACUAUUUUUUUAAGAGUUCUUUGUGUUUAAUUCGCCACUUCUAAAUUGAAGUAAGAAGGUGCUAUGUUUUAUAAACUUCGUUCAAGUGAACUUGUAUUGUUCAUAUGAGAAAAAUAAUAAAUGGAAAACGAUAUUAGAAAGUCUUUUAUAUAUUUCAUUUUUAAAUAUCUGUUUGAGAUCUCUCUGAAUGAUAUUUAUAUUUUGAUUGUUUUUGAAACUGAGAUUUUGUUGUUGAAAGGUUCUUUGCUUGGAUUAAGAAACAUUUAAGUUUUAUUCGUUAUAAUUAUAUACUAUUUUAUGUUAAAAUGUUACUAUCAGUUUAUUUUUGUCGAAUGCCAUUUAUUUUACACAUAAUUUACCUCUUUAUUUUCUGUUAAUGGGUUAGGUUAAAAAUUAUAAUAAACAUUCUUGUUUCUUCAUAUGAGAGAAUGUUAUGCAUCAUUACUGCUCUGUUAUUUGUAUAGUUUAGAAAUGUAGAAUUUUCGAAUUUUUUGAUUAAUAAAAGAGUUUGAAUAAU